CGGACAUCAGAAGAUUGCGACAGGUCACCAUGUGGGAAAGAUUGUGAUCCCCAAACCCUCACCCGGAGUCAACACAAGUCAUUUCGUCUCGCCUAGCCUUUAUCGUGCGCGACCGGCGCCAUGGCGAGCAAGGCCGCGCAAUCUGCGCCAAAGAGUAAAGAGUCGCAGCAGAAUCUGGGGAAUCCAAAUCAAACGCUGUAUUUGAAGAAUCUCAAUGAGAAAAUCCACAAGGAUGAGUUGAAACGCGCGUUAUACAUGCUCUUCACGACCUACGGUCCCGUACUCGAUAUUGUCACAAUUCGCAAAGGUUCAAAGGGUCAGAGCAUGCGUGGACAAGCUCAUGUGGUGUUUCGCGACAUGCAGACAAGUACUCAGGCUUUGAGAGCUCUUCAAGGCUUUGAUCUUUUUGGGAAAGAGAUGGUUAUUGCAUACGGUCGAGGUCAAUCUCAGAUUAUCCCCAAGCUUCGCGGUACCUUUGAGCCGACAACUGCUUCCGGCACUGCCACUGCUGGCAGUACAAUUCUUGCAACCUCUAUAUUCAACGCUCCACCACCGAGUAUGCCGUCGAAACCAGCCGAGAAUGGCGUCAAAGCCCCCGCCGCCACUACCGAGUCACAUGGCCUCAAGAGACCGCGCGAAGAAGAAGAUGAGGCGGACGAGGACGAGGUUCCCAUGGAUGAGGACGAUAGUGAUGCUUCCAUGGAGGAAGAUGACGAUGACUGAUGGAUACCAUCUAUUGCUGGUGCUUUUACAAAAGACUGUGCGCGGCUUCAGUCACUGGAGCGAUGGCUGCGUCUCAUAGCCUUUCAAGCAUGACGAACCGGCAGGCUUUCGACCGCAACUGGACGGCUUGCCGUGUAGGUGCGCACAGCACGGAGCGAGCAUCAGACUCGCCUUUACGGGCGCUUCUGUGUCGUGAAGGCGAUGCUCCGUCACUCUCUCGCCUGGUCCACAACCUUACUAGGUAUAAACAGCCCAACCGACGACCCUAUCAGACCAAACCAGAGGAUCAGAUACUCCACCGGUUGGAACGUGUUGUUGGCGCCAAGUAUUGAAAGUGCUUCUGGAGUUUGGCAAGGAUGAAUAAAGAAGGCCGGAAGGUCUGAAAUUGGAUGAUGCUGCCCAAAGUCACCAAGAGCUCGGCUCGGCAGCAAAUCGAUCAAAACUUACUGUCAUGCUUAUGCCUCCCAUCACCCCAACACUUUUCAGCGAUGCUUGGGAUUGUGGGGGAACCAACCACUGAUGCACUUGGUCAAGAGAUAGCAUCUUCUGUGUGGACAUCCAUCGACAGGAGAACCAUAAUACCGGCACGCAAUAUGUCGGAGAUAGAGUGAUUGAAAAAUCGACGAUCACAUUAUCGUCGCCGUCGCUAUCUGAUGACCGAUAGACCUGAAUAGAACGAACGAAUGAGGACGAUGCUUUUACAG